AUGGCAGCGUUUGCACUGGUGCUGCUGCUGCUCGCCUGUGCAGCUGAGGCUCAGAGCAGAACGAUGCAGCAGAUUCAGGCGAGGGGGGAGGCAGCGAGAGACUCGGCAGCGAGAGACUCGGCUGACAGGCAGACGUCUCUGCGUGUUGCGAGACGGACACACCUUACGGAGAAUGAGCGAGAGAUUAUCACUAAACAAAUCAUGCAAGCCAUCUCAGAGAUGGUGAACUCGGACUGCAUGUUGGACCGCGACUACCGGGGCUGGUUGGAUUUCGGACGCAGAGAUGCAGAAUGA